GCGCUGCGAGCGAGCGCUCAGUCGGCCCCGGGAGCUGCACGCGGCUGGUUGGCCUGACGGACCUUCAAGGGCUGGAGCGGACGCGCGGACCGACUCUGAACAGACAUACUAACCGCGGCCGCAAGGUUCCCAGACAGGAUCUCAACGAGAAGCAGGCAUCGGACGGUGCCUAGUGGAAUCUCGCUGUCCUCCGCCGCCUGGCCCCGGUGCAGGCAUCCAGCGGCCGCCGCAUCCAAAGUGAUCCGCUGCCUCCCCGUCUCCGCCAGGCUCGGGACCAUGAAGCUGCUGCCGUCGGUGGUGCUGAAGCUCUUUCUGGCCGCAGUGUUGUCCGCGUUGGUGACCGGUGAGAGUCUGGAGCGGCUUCGGAGAGGUCUGGCGGCAGCAACCAGCAACCCUGACCCUCCCACUGGAACCACAAACCAGCUGCUACCCACGGGAGCUGAUCGCGCUCAGGAGGUCCAGGACUUGGAAGGGACCGAUCUGGACCUUUUCAAAGUUGCUUUCUCCUCCAAGCCACAAGCCCUGGCCACCCCAGGAAAAGAAAAGAACGGGAAAAAGAAGAGGAAAGGCAAGGGGUUAGGAAAGAAGAGAGAUCCAUGCCUUAAGAAAUACAAGGACUACUGCAUCCACGGAGAGUGCAGAUACCUGAAGGAGCUCCGUAUUCCCUCGUGCCACUGCCUCCCUGGUUACCAUGGACAGAGGUGUCAUGGGCUGACCCUCCCGGUGGAGAACCCCCUGUACACAUAUGACCACACUACCGUCUUGGCUGUGGUGGCUGUAGUACUGUCAUCUGUCUGUCUUCUUGUCAUCGUGGGACUUCUCAUGUUCAGGUACCAUAGGCGAGGAGGUUAUGACUUGGAAAGUGAGGAGAAAGUGAAGUUGGGCAUGGCUAGCUCCCACUGAGGAGGAUCUGAGCUGAAGGAGCCUUCAGAGGAUGACUACUUCUGAGAUGGCGGUUCCUUACAAGUUCUACAGAGGGGAAAUACUUCACCAGCAGCCAUGAAGACUUCUUCAUUCAUUCCCAGUUGCUACCCUGACUGGGCCUCCUGUAAUUGCUCUGCAAAAAUAUCAGAGCCUCUAAGUGCCAAACAGACUAUGCCCCGCUGGGAUCUGGAUCAGAAGAAAGCAGGAGCAAGUGAGCCCUUCGGGCCUUCCUGAUCCUCCACCACUGAACCCACUGGUUUGUUUAAACACUUAGCUUCUGGAUUAAAGUGUCAGCUAGUUUCCAUAUGCUCCAGGAUUUUUGGCUGAAAAAAAAAAAAAAGAAGAGCGGACGAAUGAGUGGUUUAUGGACUGGAAGAGAUCAACAGAGUUGAGAAGCUAAGUGUUCAAGUAGCCACAGGGGAUCUGCUGUUUGGACCCUCCAGCACGCUGGAUUUGAUGAGCUAACUGUGAAAUAUCUCAAGCCCGAGAACUCUUGAGUUUUGGGACUUCUACCCAGAGGGGAAAAAUAACAAGUAUUUUGUUGUUUUGUUGUUGUUGUUGUUUGUUUGUUUUUAAAAUGCCUCUUAAAUUAUAUAUUUAUUUUAUUCUAUGUAUGUUAAUAUAUUUAGUUUUUAACAAUCUAACAAUAAUAUUUCAAGUGCCUAGACUGUUACUUUGGCAAUGUCCUGGCCCGCCUCUCUUGCAGCUCUUCCACCUGGCUCCACACCACACUCCCAUCUGCUCUGUAACCCAUCUGUAGUAAUUUAUUGUCUGUCUACAUUUCAGAAGAUGCCCCUGGAGCAGAGUAUCCCAGGGUGGGUUGUGUAUGGUCGGAGUGCAGGGAUGGAUUUGGGCAGAGCCACUCUGUGAGUUGGACUGCAGUCUUGCCUAGGUGAUUUUUGUCUACCGUUCGUGUUUUGAAAGCCCAAGGUGCUGAUGUCAAAGUGUAAUAGAUAUUGGUGUUUCCUCGUGUCCUCUCCCUGCCAAAUCUCAGAAAGAUUGGGCGCCCAUGCCUGCAGCUUCCCGGUCCUCCAUCACCCCGUGUCACUCCCUUUGUGUCAAGACAUUACCCUUAUCCUGCCAUUCUUCUGGUGCUACUCCAUGCAGGGGUUGGCAGAGCACAGAACAGUUUGGAGAAGGCAUUAGUAAAGAAAAAGGCUGAGGAAGAACAGGGAAUUUUGGAGUUGACUAUUCUUGGUAACUGAUACCUAUCACUUAGUACAGAGAAGGUUGGUGGGAGGGAAGGUUUUGGGUAAGGAGGCCACGGUCUCACCAAAACUGUGAUGUGUGCUGUCACAGACCCCAUGGAAGUUUCUAGUGCCAUUUCUGAACUGUUACAACCUAUAUUUCCAAAACCUGGUUCAUAUUUAUACUUCGUGAUCCAAAUAAAGAUAACUCUUACUCCA